UGCGAUAAUUAUAUAUACGUCAAUUAAAAAUUUCUCAUAUCCCAUCCCACAAAUAUUUACAAAUAUGUUGAGCAUUGCAGCUUUAUUAUUUAUUACGAUUGUGCAGAUAUUCUGCGACGAUGAUCUUAUAUUGACUUUACCGAACGGAAAGAUUCGAGGAAUUUCAGUUACUCCCCCGGUUACUGGCAACCUUACAUAUUAUGCAUAUUUAGGAAUUCCUUUUGCUGCACCACCAGUAGGUAAUCUAAGAUUUCAGCCACCACAACCAUCUGCCAAUUGGGAUGGAAUUUUGGAAGCCAAUAAUAAUUCGGUGUCUUGCUAUCAAGUGGGCGUCGAAGAUGACUAUCAAACAGAAGAUUGUCUUUAUUUAAGUGUCUACACUCCACUAAAGCCUUCGAAUUUAGGAAAAUUACCGAUUGUAGUUUCUAUCUAUGGUGGAGCAUUUAUUCACGGUCAUGCUUCUUAUGGUGGCAAAGUAGCUGCUUUUCUAAUAAGUCAUGAUGUGAUUCUUGUUACAUUCAAUUACCGUGUUGGACCUUUUGGAUUUUUAUCUACUGGCGAUACAGUAAUCCCUGGAAAUAUGGGGUUGAAAGAUCAACAAUUAGCUUUAAAAUGGGUGAAUCAAAAUAUUGAAUUAUUCGGUGGAGAUCCACAACAAGUGACCAUCUUGGGUCAGAGUGCUGGAUCAGCUUCUGUCACCUACCAACUUCUCAGUCCAGGAUCUGCAGGACUUUUUAGGGCCGCAGUAGGAAUGAGCGGCUCUGUUUUGUGCGAUUGGGCGCAACAAAGAAAUGCUGUGGAUACAGCUUAUGGAAUAGCUGCUGAAAUUGAUCCUAGUUUCGAGAGAACCAGAUCUACACAAGAUUUAUUAGACUUCUUACUGAAUGUUGAUGCAUCUUUAAUACUCAAAACCAAUAAUACGUAUAAUGUAUUUUCACCGGUCAUAGAAGUACCUCAUGAAGGCGCUUUUAUUUCUGAUGUUAUGUACACUUCGGUUGAGAAUGGUUCAUUCGCCAAAGUUCCAGUUUUAAUGGGUUUCAAUUCAGAAGAAAGUUUAGGAAAGGUACAAGAUAUGGAUUCUUGGAAGAAACAGGUUGAAAAAUUGGAUGAAAAUCCGCGUUUAUUAGUUGAUGACGAUAUGUAUAUUACUGAUGACGAUGUGAAAUUAGAAGUAGGUAAGAAAAUAAGAAGUAUUUAUAUGGGAGAUCAGCCAUUUGGUGAUAACGUUGGAAAAGCCGUACAGUAUUAUAGCGACAACAGUUUCAUCAGGCCAAUCUUAAAAUUUGCCGAGUUACUCUCUCAGCACGUUGAUUUAUACUUUUAUGAAUUCUCUUAUCAUGGUGAAUUGGGACAAAACAACGUUUCCAUACCCGGUAUUGGCAGAGUAGAACAUGCAGAAGAUCAGUGGUAUUUUUGGCCCCAGUACGAUAGCUAUGAUGAAUUUCCUGAAUCAGAUGUCAAUACAUUAAAAAGAUACGUAAAAUUUGUAGCUAAUUUUGUGAAAUAUCUAAAUCCCACACCUGAAAGAGAAGAGUUAUUCGAUAAUAUCACGUGGCCAAUCGCAACAAGCGACUAUCUCACCUAUUUGAACAUCGACGAUAAUUUGAGCUUGAGUCGAAACCCACGAAACUUCUCGUACGGACCAUGGGUAGAAAUAUUCGAGGAAUAUGUUCCGAAGCCAUUUAUAUCUUUCUAAAUAUUGAAUAAAUGAAAUAUUUUACCAAU